AUGUCGAACGUAAUUAGCGACGAGCUCGGGAAAUGGUUCGACGAGUUCCAAGCGAUCCCGCCCGAAACACACCUCCUGUGCCCACGAAUUCAUGACGACGAUGGCGAAAAUUACAGAGUGCUCGACGAUCCCGACUCUACAAUCACCCGGGAAGAAAAAGAGAAGCGAAUAGAGGCUGGCAAUAGCCGCAUCAAUGUCACUUACUGGAACAGCCUGAUAUUUGGCUUUGACAAGAAGGACGCCGGCAAAUGGCUCGGAGAUUUCAGCAGAAGGCUUGAUGCCGCGCUCAAAUCUUGCUCCGAAUGUGUCCUUAACUGGCACAUGAGGCGCAAGCCACAGAUGCAAAAAUUCCUCGAACGCUGGGAUGAAGAUGCCGUCGCUCAAAUCCAAGACUUGCUCGACCAACUCGACAACGCCCGAAUCGACGAAAAUCUUACUUGGGCCAAAAAUUACAUUGCCAAAAUCGAAAACACAGGCGCAACAUUUAAGAAGUCAGAGUUUGGCGACAAUUUGGGCAACGUGCUGAUUACGGUCUACGAGGCUCUCUGCUGCAUGAGUUACCUAGCUCAGCCCGAUCAGCGAGCCACAUUUCAAUAUGUCUUUAUGCGCCUGCAGGGCAAGACUUAUCUGAAGCUUGGGACCAAGGACCCCUUGCCCGGUAUGACGUACUUUUUGUUCGAUCACAAGAACGAGGAUCGACGAAAGUGGGCGCACGAGAACUGGAAGAAUAUAAGUACGUCUUCUCUGACUGUACCGCAAUUUGAAUGGGCUAUCCACGAUGGAUUGGUCAGUGCCAUCGAGGAAACGUGGCGCAAAGACUUGAAUCAGGCGACCCCUGAGGUGUACCUCGAGAUUGAGCAGUUUUGGUGUGGCUUCGAGGAUAUCCUGCGCACACUUCCUGCCAGCCUGAUUGCUUCCCACGUGCGCAACUUGGAAUUCUGUCGCUCAGAGGGCGUCUUAGUUGCCGCCAUUCGCAUCUUGACAGCCCUGCUUGACAAGGCACCCAAAGUUCUCUGGGACGUGAUUGGUGGUGCUCGCCCCAACGUCAUUGCCGACUUGCUUUUUGGAAGUCCUAUAUACAAAGGCCUGCUCCGACAAUCGCUUGAAAAUUGCUGGGAUAGCCCAGGCAAAGAUUCGGUUCCAUUUUCUAUAUCCUGGAUUCAGCCUUGGCUCAAGUCCAUCGGCCGUGACCAGCGCUAUGACGCAUGCGAAGUGCUCAUGCACACUCUCUUUGAGACUUUGGUCAAAGAUGCCAGUAUCGGUGAGCCUGGCCAGGCGGCGUGUAUGAGAGCCGGGUUUGACGCACUCGCCUUUCUUCUCAACACAUUUCUCGACAUGGAAACGUCUGCUGCUACAUCUACAGUCCAUCUGUACAUUAACUCGGCCUUCAACCUGAUGACUAAAUACAAAGACCUCAUCAUCCAGCAAAUCAAUCCGCCCAAGAAACAGCAGAGCAUAGAAGGCUGGGCUACCUUUCAAGUGGCCGAUUCUGCGCAUACGUUGACAGAAGCGGCCAUGAAGCUAGACAUGAAGCUCUUCUAUGAAGAGUACCAUGCCAUUCAUGGUAGCAGCAAGAUCCAGUCCACCGUUACAAGAAACUCCAGGGCCUUUUGGACCGCCAUUAUCGAAAUGUACGAGGCGUCCAAUGAUCGCGUCAAGCUAUCCAAACAAAUUCUCUUUGCUUUGGCUCCAAUAUGCGCCGUCGAGCAGAUUCGAGCGCGUAAAGCGGGAGGCAAACUAGACGACUCAAGCAUAGCCUUCAACGAGUCUCUCAAGUCCACCGCCGACACUAUUUCGAGAAUCAUAGGACGAAUCGGCGAUAUGGACGUCAUGGACCUCAAUAGCCUCUUUAUCGAGCGGGUCCCUAUUCAGGUUAUUAUUGGCUUGUCAGUUCAUGACGAAUCAGAUCUCGCCGAGUCUGCAGCUGAAGUCCUCAAAGGCUGGACUGCCGAGGAUACUCGCGGCUCUGCCAUCGAACAGCUUGCGCAGCUGCACACUGAGCAAACGUUGGCCUCCGCAGUGUGGUCUCUGGACCGAGUUCUUAAACCACCGUUUCCAUGGGGCCCAAUUCGUCCGCUUCUGAACGCCAAUCGUGCCAUUCUGCGUGGUCUUGCCGAAGCCUCCUCCUCCGGUGUGUUGCGAAGUGGACAGCUGGACUCUAGACAAGCCGCCACAGUCCUCCGUUGGUGGAACGAGCAAUGGCGCUUUGUUUCCAAGUCGUGCCUCAACAUUGAAUCGUGGUCACAUUACGUGCCAAACGCCAUCAUGACGGAGUUUUGUCGUGAGAUCAUGGAAUUAGCAGAAGCUCUUAUUGCUGAAGAUGGCCUUCUUACAUCUGCAACGGCUCUUGGUCGUAGCGAGGCAGACAUGAUGGUAAAGAUUCUUGCUCCUGCAAAGGACAAUUUCCGCGGUAUGGAAAACAUGAUUCGACUUAAGGAUCUGUGGUUGGUUGAUGUCACCGUACGAGUUCUUUGCAAGAUUCUGAAGCGACUUCGCGAAAACAAUCUUGAAAUCAAUGCUGGUUCCAGGAAGCUGAUCGUGGACGCAUGUGUGCCAACGGCGACGGCAGGAAAGUACUUGCGAUCUACCAACCUAAGCGACCAGCAGCGCGCCGAACUUCUACAAGCCCUUGGAAACACAGACGACGACGUACAAAUUAUCCAGCUUAGCACAGCUGAUACCAAGUCCGCCAGAGACAAGAUCAAGAAGCAGAGCAGACUGGAUGCGUGGUCCAAGUCUGGGUCAGCGUCGUCCUCAACAAGCUCAUCCACAUCCAGCAGUAAGCCUAGUUCGAACCGACAGGAUGUUUUGAACUUGAGCAAUUCUUUGAACAACCCUCUCCUCAAGACCAUUGAGGCGAAGCAAAAGGCCAAAUCCAAGGUCCCAGAUCAGAAGGCUAUAUCCGCACUUAAGGAAAGCCGACAAAGAGAAAAGGCCGAGAAGGCCAAGCGAGAUGCAGAGGCAAUCGCCAAGGCCAGACAGCUUCGCGGCGAGCCCCCUGGUGGUCUCGUCGGGCGGAGUGAAAUCAUGGUCAACAGCUCCGACGAAGAAUCCGACAACAGCGACGAUGAUAUCGAAGAAGGCAACCAGCUUGCCCAGCUCAGCACUGGUGGACAAAAGACACUUGAUGAAGCAGAGAAGCGUCGCUUGCGGGCCCUGCGAGACAUGACUCGGCGGCCCGUCAAGAAGGUUCGACAGCAGCGAUCAGUAAAGGAAAUGCGAGCCCGUCUUAUUCCACCUAUGGACAAGUUGCACAAUGCCAUUCUAGCUUGGGACAUUUUCCAUGGCGGAAAUGAUCCGCCUAAUGGGCCCAAGGCUUGCAAGGUCGAUACAAGAUACCCCGACCCGACAUCGUACAGGGAUACAUUCUUCCCACUUCUUGCCUCGGAAGCGUGGAGAAGCUUUGUCACGGCAAAGGAUGAAGUCACGGCUCAGACGUUUGGCAUCAAGAUUGCCAGUCGAGCCAGUGUUGACAGCUAUCUUGAAAUUACCUUCUCGAUGGAAGUCGCUCAGAACAGAGAGCGAGGCAUCGGUGAAGGAGAUAUUCUCCUGGUCUCCGAGGAUGAGAAUCCGCUCAGCAAUCCCUCUGCUCGUCACUGUCUAGCUCGUGUCCAUCGCGUAAUAUACAAGAAGGUUCGUCUCGAAGUCAUCUUCCGUGUCGCAUCACGCGGUAACCCCCUGGGUACCGCUCUGAUGCCCAACACCAUGAUGCACGGCAUCAAGAUUACCAAUAUGACCACCAUUGAGCGAGAGUAUGCUGCUCUCGAAUCCCUGCAGUACUAUGAUCUCAUGGACGAAAUUCUUAAGGCUGAACCGUCGCCCAUUCUCAAAUACGGGGACGAGAAAGUUACCAACUACCAGAGUAAUUGGCAACUCAACCGAGGUCAGGCCUUGUCCGUUCUGGGUGCACAGGAGAAUGACGGCUUCACCCUCAUUCAAGGCCCUCCUGGUACGGGUAAAACCAAAACCAUUAUUGCCAUGGUUGGUGCUCUGCUUUCUGAGCAGCUUGCGCAAGCACCCGCCAAGGGCAUGCCUGUUGGUGUUCCAGUUCGACCGGGGGCUACAAACCAGUCUGCUGGUCAGAAGCCCAAGAAGCUCCUUGUCUGUGCUCCGAGUAACGCAGCUGUUGACGAACUCGUCACCCGUUUGAAGAAUGGGAUCAGAACCACGAGCGGCAAGACCAGAAAUAUCAAUGUCCUGCGUCUCGGUCGUACUGAUGCCAUCAGUGCUGGUGUCAAGGAUGUCACUCUGGACGAGCUAGUUCGUGCACGCAUGGAAGGUGAUUCAACAAAGGACAAGGCCAAGGUCACCAGAGACAAGCUCCAUGAACGCGCCGGCCAGAUCAAGGAAGAACUUGGCAUUCUGCGUCCCAAGCUAGACGAAGCAAACGAAAAAGAGGACCAAGACUUUCGCAACAAACUUCUGCGGCAGUUUGACGAUCUAAAGCGCGAGCAGCGAGACAUAGGCAAACAGAUUGAAGCCGACAAAGAUAGCGGCAACUCAGUUGCUCGAGAGGUGGAGAUGAAGCGUCGCCAGAUUCAGCAAGAGAUCCUCAACAACGCCCACGUCCUCUGCGCUACCCUUAGUGGCAGUGGUCACGAAAUGUUCCGCAACCUGGAUGUCGAAUUCGAGACGGUCAUUAUCGAUGAGGCCGCGCAGUGUGUUGAGCUGAGUGCCCUGAUCCCGCUCAAAUACGGAUGCUGCAAGUGUAUCCUCGUUGGAGACCCCAAGCAGCUGCCACCUACUGUCCUUUCGCAGUCAGCUGCCCGCUUCGGCUACGAUCAGAGUUUGUUCGUUCGGAUGCAGCAAAAUCACCCAAAGUCGGUCCAUCUCCUCGACAUGCAAUACCGAAUGCAUCCCGAGAUCAGUUCAUUCCCCAGCAAAGAAUUCUACGAAGGGCAGCUGCAUGACGGACAGGACAUGGCCGGUCUCCGCCAGCAACCUUGGCACAAGAGCGCGCUACUGGGACCCUACCGAUUCUUUGAUGUGCAGGGUGCGCAAGAGCGUGGCAGCAGGGGCCGAUCGCUUGUCAAUACCCGAGAACUCGACGUCGCCCUCCAAAUGUACGAUCGUUUUCGCAAGGAAUACAGCCAGUGCAACUUGGUGGGCAAAAUCGGUAUCAUUACUCCCUACAAAGCUCAGCUGUUCGAGCUCCGCAACCGUUUCAAGGCGCGAUAUGGAGAAGAGAUCACCGACAUCAUCGAGUUCAACACAACCGAUGCUUUCCAGGGUCGCGAGUGCGAAAUUAUCAUAUUUUCCUGCGUGCGAGCCAGCGCUACCGGUGGCAUCGGUUUCAUGACCGACAUUCGCCGUAUGAAUGUCGGUUUAACCCGUGCGAAAUCGUCGCUGUGGAUUUUGGGAGACUCACGCGCGCUUGUGCAGGGUGAGUUCUGGAAGAAGCUCAUCGAAGAUGCACAGUCGAGAGACCGCUAUACCCAGGGCGACAUUGUCAACAUGUUCCGCAAGCCCCUCGAGAGAGCCAAGCCUGGCAGCAUCAUGACAUCUACUGCACGUACAGCUGUAGACAGUCCCAUGACUAACGGCUCUCCCGCAUCUAUUGCCACGCCUGAUGACGACGUCGUCAUGCCCGAUGCUUACGAACCUCCACCCAUCAAGCGUUCAAGCGAAGAAUAUGCGUCAAUUCCCACUCGACCAGCCGCUUCCUCGUACCGCUCUCCUUCGAUCCAAACAGCUUCUCUGCCCGGCGACAACAAAAAGAGAGCACUGAAUAGCCCAGACGGUACUCUGCCUGCCCCAAAGAGAAUUGUCAGCGCCCAGCCUCGUGCAGGAGGACUGGCUGGCAAGUUUGGCCAGAGGCCUAACAGGCCACUGCCCAGACAGCCGACAGAUCCUAGCGCCAUGGUGACUCUGGGCCUGGCACCGCCGGAGCGUCCACCGCCACCAAAGCCGAGUGCACUGCCGUCGCUGCCAACAGCUCCUUCUGGGCCGUCUGCAAUGUCGGCGCCGCUCAAUAGACCGAAACCACCACCCACUGGACCACGAAAGAAGGCCAAACCGAGCCUGUUCCUACCUAAGAAAAGGUAG